GUCAUAUGCAUCGAUCACUUUACAACAAAGAAAUUAGGGAUUUUGAUUGCAACUGUUCGUCAUAUAUUUUGCUCUCUGGAAACGGUACAAGCUGGCAGAAAGUAUUUGAGAUGACCCCAAACUCAUUUAUGAAAAGCCCUAUUUAUUUGUACUGGGACAAUUUGCCUAUUGAAAAGGUGAAAUUUCAGUUGAGCGGAACAUACCCUUUGACGUUUAUUUUCAACGGCAGAGGGACGACUUCUACAUCGUGGUUCCACCAAGCUAAUGCUAUUUCAAAUUCACUUGGUGCUCAUUCACUUUCAACAACAUAUACGUUCAAUAACAAUUUCAGUUACCCAGACUUUUAUAUCACGUCCACCGAAGCUCGGAUACAAGCCAAAAGACUAAGUGGAAUUGACGAAAAGUACGAUAUUUAUUUUAAAAAAGAUGGUAGUAAGUAA